GGAGGAUCAAUAAGUCAACACACUACAUUGUGAUCCGUAUGGCUGCUGGUUAUACUUCUUCGGGAAGCAAGGAAGAAUGUAAACAUCGACCACCAAUAUAUCCAUUGGAAGUGAUUGGUGUUGCUGGGAUCUUGAAGUAGGCGGCUUACAGAUCUGUUGAGUUGGCUGGAAAGUACAGUUCAGUCAACAGCAACAUCGCACAAAUAUUCGUUACACGUAGACCACGAAGAAUGUGGAAAUGAUAAUGCGCCUUUCAGAGAUGAUGUACAUCAACAGAAAUGGAUACCAGAAAAUCAGUCAUCGUCAAAGGAAAUGAAGGUAAAGACUGAGAAGCCCAUGCUGUUCUUUCAUUGUCCCGCGGGUCUUCGAUCAACGCAAAAGAUAAGACAGUCAUCUUUGCUGAAGAACAACGGAGCAAAAUGUCUAUCGAGCUAUCAUGGGCAAGUAGACGAUAGCGAUCAAGAGACCUUGUUCACGGAGUUAGAAUCAGAGGGUGAACAUAUCUGCUUCGAAAAUUUUCGCCAACUAGAGAUCGAUACCUCCAGACCGGAUUGCAUCCAGGCUUACAAAAAGAUAAUAGAGUCCGUUAUACCGCAAACGGAGACCAAAUUAGACACCCCGGGUCCAGAUGGGAGGGGGUCUAACUCAAUGAAGCAGAGUAAUACAUGUGGUAUCAGACUGCGAGCAGAAUCGGACAUGGAGAAACUUCCGAACGAAGAAAAAGUGCGAGCAAACGGUUUUGAUAAUGAAAGUUUGUACAUGCGUCAAAGAUCCACUCUCACAGACUCUAGAGCUUCACAUCUCCUCACCCAGAUGAAUAAAUUGGACGGUGAAAGCGUUUUUAGAGAAGACGAACACUGUAUAGAGCAUUCUUUCCAUGAAGCGCCAAGAAACUGUGAAAUUCAAGAUGCAGUUGUUCCGGGCAGAAAUUCGAUAGAGAAUAUAUGUCAUCGUCUGAAGGGGAAGAGUUUAAAUUUGCAAUCCCUCCAAAAGUCAGUCAACAGACAAAGCAAAUUUCCAACGACCCAGCUACCAUUAAUUGAAAAGGUAGAGAAGAUCAUAACAAUACGAAGACAUACAAUGAAACGGUUCUGUAAAACGUCAGACUUCCAUGCGAUGUCAGCUAACUUCGGUAUCGGUGUCAUGCAGGACAAAGCAUUUGAGUUCACAUAUUCAUCGAAUGUGCAGAAUAGAACGGUAGUCCAUUCACUUAAAACAAAACUCGACUACGAAGAAAGUGAGACACUUCUGUCCUCCGAUUCGACACGGAGUCCAGUAUUGCCAGUGACAACAGUGGCGUCUGUGUAG